CAGAAAUUCGAGUCCAAGCUAUCGCAAUUGAGGCAUUCUCGGCGGCUGUUUGCACAUCUGCUUGAGGGCAGACGGAGUCCGAGGGACUGAAAUUCGCAUAAUAUGGCAUCAUCACCAGCCUGCCUCCACCGUAUCCGCGCUCCUCUACAGCGCGCGCUGUCGGCCUCUCUCAUUGCAUCAUCGCGGUCCUACGCCACUAUCCCUGAAGCAACCUCAGCUACAACCACACCAGACCUGUCGACGACUAUCACGAAACGUCGCCCGACCUAUUUCAAAAACACAACCCUAGCUUCCCUAGAUGAAUUCAUAGCGAACUCGUCCGCUUCAUCUCCCCUCCCGCCCACCGAGGCCUACACCCUCCGAACCGCCGAAGUCGGCCCCGCCUCGAACCGCCGCACCAUUACGCGCCUGCCCGAAUGGCUCAAGACGCCCAUCCCGGCCGGCAACGACCACUACAAGAGUAUCAAGAAGGACCUGCGCGGUCUGGGGCUGCAUACCGUCUGCGAGGAGGCCCGAUGUCCUAAUAUUUCCGAGUGCUGGGGUGGCAGUGACAAGAGCGCCGCCACGGCGACCAUCAUGCUCAUGGGCGAUACGUGCACGCGUGGAUGCCGCUUCUGCAGUGUAAAGACGAAUCGUAAGCCACCGCCGCUUGACCCGCAUGAGCCGGAGCACACGGCGGAAGCGUUGGCGAGGUGGGGGCUGGGCUAUGUCGUGCUGACAAGUGUCGAUCGGGAUGAUUUGGCGGAUGGUGGCGCGAGGCAUUUCGCGGAAACGAUAAGCAAGAUCAAGUCCAAGAAGCCGAGUCUGCUUGUUGAGGCCCUGACGGGUGACUUCAGGGGCGAUUUGGACAUGGUCAAAAUUGUCGCUCAGAGCGGUCUGGACGUGUACGCGCACAACGUCGAGACGGUGGAGGGCCUGACGCCGUUUGUGCGAGACAGGAGAGCGACAUUCAGGCAGAGUCUGAAGGUGCUUGAGCACGUCAAGACCGUCAUGGGCCAGGACGGCAUGAUCACUAAGACGAGCAUUAUGCUUGGACUCGGCGAGCAGGAGGAAGAGUUGAUGGAUGCACUGACAGAGCUGCGCAAGGUGGGUGUUGACGUUGUCACGUUUGGGCAGUACAUGAGGCCCACGAAGCGUCAUCUCAAAGUGGAGAAGUACGUCACGCCCGACGAAUUCGAGAUGUGGCGCCAGCGGGCGCUCGAUAUGGGAUUUUUGUACGUGGCCAGCGGCCCCUUGGUCCGAAGCAGUUAUAAGGCUGGUGAGGCGUUCAUUGAGAAUGUCUUGAAGCAGAGGGCCAACGGCAGGAAGGGCAUGGUAUCGGUGAAUGGCAAACUGAACGAGGCGGCUGUCGUAGACGAGCUGAAGAGCGAGGGUAGAUAGCUACACGCACGCACGCUUGUACUCUUUUCAACACUGUAUAAUGAGCUGGAUUUGCGUCCGCGGGCAUGCAUAGGGCAGGCGUAAUAGACGGGUUGCUUGCAUACAGCACGGUAGAAUGGAGAUGGACAUAUACAGGUCCUGCUCAAUACGGACAUUGAACUAAAUAGACC